CACAUUUAUGUAUGAUUUAUAUUGUAGGAACACAUUUCAAUUAUGGAGGUGGAUGAACUUCGAGAACUGUGCCUAACGAUGGCAGAAAAACAACCUGGUCUAGUUCACGAUAUCAUGCAUCCUCCUACCCAACAAGGGGGCUACCACCCACAACCUGGCGGGACUUGCCCAAACUGGUGUGUUUGUGGAAAUUGCCGGCAGAUGCCAACAGAAAGGGAGAAAGUGUGCUGUGGGAAAGAGCAAUGCAUAACUCUUUUACCAGACUUCUCGGUGCUAAUUCUCGAUGAAGCUGUGCUAGCCCUUGCCAGACUAUAUAGGAGAGACAUUUUGGUCUUCAAUGAUGAAGUGGACGAGAGAAAAGGCAACCGUCACCAAGCGUACCGACAGUAUAUCUUGUGGACCUAUGGCAGACUAGGUGCAGGGGACAGACGGGUCAUUCCAUCCUGCGCGGUUUGGUCUAUUAGAGACAAGUUUCCUGACCCUUUUGGUCAAUACACUGGAUUUGUUGCAGGGCGAAUAUAAAUGUACAUAGCCAAAUAUAAUAUAUAUAUAUAUAUAUGUGUUUGUAAAUGUAAUUGUAUAUAUACUAACCUAAAAAUUAUGAUAGCCAGUUGUAUAUUAUUUUAAUACUGCUAGUCCAAUAUUGUUAUUCUCUAUAAAUAUCCUAGAUUUUUUUGUUUGGUAUUGCAACUAUGAAGUUGAAAUAUUUUUACAUCCUCGUAGCCAUGUUUAAAAAUUUACCUAUAUCUUAGUAAAAUGAACUAUUAUCAAUCACUUUUGAUUUUUUACACAUUGUUCAUAUCAUUAUCAAUAAUCUGUUGUGGUAAAAGAUUGAAGAAAUUGUUGUAACAAGAAUAAAUUUUCUAGGUGUUUUAAA